AUGGUAUCUAUAUCAUCAUUGUCAUCAUCAGCUGAAUUCGCACAAGCAAAACCCGGUUGCCAAUCGAAAUGUGGUAAUGUUACCAUUCCAUACCCAUUUGGUAUAGGUAAGAAUUGCUCCAUCAUUGAUUUAGAUGUCAAUAUCAGAUACAACAUCAUCUGUAAUACUUCUUAUUAUCCUGCUAAACCCUUUCCGAAAGCAGCUGGUAAUUACCUUGAAAUUUUAAGUGUCUCAGAGACGGAAGUUCGCAUCAGAAAUUCCUUCACUAAGUUCAAUCGUCACUUCUACUGGGAUGUUACAGAUGAAUCAGAUGAUACGGCUGCUGAAUCUCAAAUGAAUUUACAACUUUUGAUUGGAGGUCUUGUGCAGGCAGUCCUUCAAACAGAUAGAGAACCCCAACUUCUCAACCUGGAUAAUGCCCCAUUAAUGGUAUCAUAUACUAAAACCAAGUUGUAUGGGAUUGGGUGCGGUUUGGUUGCUGUUCUCAUUGAUCUCGUAGGGACAGUGGAUCAGAUAAACAAAGAGUGCCAAUCAAGCUGUGAGAAUAUCAGAGAAGGAUCUUGCAGCGGCAGUGGGUGUUGCCAGACAACUGUUCCAACGGGCUUGAAAUCAUUUAUCGUGGCCGUGAACGGAACUCCUACCGAGAGUACUAUUGGUCCUUUUUCAGGUCAAACUUCAGGUCAAACUUUGACCAGCUUUGCCAUGCUGUCUGAGCUAGAGCAGUAUACAUUUGAUUCUGCAGAUCUUACUCUGAAUACCACAGAAAUGCAUAAGAAAUAUGAGAAUAAGGUCAUAGUACCGGUGGUGCUCGAUUGGGCCGUAGGAGAUAAGACUUGUGAAGAAGCACAAGUUCACCCAACAACAUAUGCAUGCCAGGAUAACAGUGAUUGUACUGACAAAACCAAUGAUAAUCCUGGAUACCUCUGCAUCUGUCGUGAUGGUUACGAGGGAAAUCCUUACCUUAGUCCUGAAUGCAAAGACGUGAAAGAGUGCGAGGAUCAAAACAACAAUCCUUGUGGAGGAAUUUGUAUAAAUACAAUAGGAGGUUACAAUUGUUCUUGUCCGAACGGGAGUAAGGGUGAUGGGAGGAAAGACGGCAGUGGUUGCACUUCUGACAAAGAUCAAUUGCAAAAAAAAGAAAAAUCCUGUCAAAGAGUUUCCCGUGUUAAUGGUGGUGCUCGGCAAGAGUUAUAUUCACUCGACAGUGGUGUUGAAUCAACAAAAAUAUUCACAUCAGAAGAAUUAGAAAUGGCAACCAACAGAUACGACGAGGCUCAAGUCCUUGGACGAGGAGGCCACGGUACAGUUUACAAGGGAACUCUAUCUGACAAUCGUAUAGUUGCCAUCAAGAGGUCUAAUCUAAUGGAACAAAAUCAGAUCCAGCUAUUUAUAAAUGAGGUAAUUAUUUUAACUCAAAUUAAUCACCGUAAUGUGGUGAAACUCUUGGGUUGCUGUUUAGAAACUGAAGUUCCCUUGCUUGUUUACGAGUACGCAUCUUGUGGCACCCUUUUCCAUCAUAUCCAUUACAAGGGUGCUCCUGAGAUGUCCUCCUUGACUUGGGAAAUUCGUUUGAGGAUUGCGUUCGAAAUUGCAAGUGCAGUUGCGUAUCUACAUUCUGCUGCUUCUCCACCUAUCAUUCACGGGGAUAUAAAAUCUGCCAACAUAUUACUGGAUGAAAAUUACACAGCAAAAGUUGCUGACUUUGGAGCAUCAAGGUUGGUUCCGCUGGAUCACACUCAUAUAAACACACUCGUCCAAGGGACUUUAGGAUAUCUGGAUCCGGAUUACUUCAACACAAGUCAAUUAACUGAUAAAAGUGAUGUUUAUAGUUUCGGUGUGGUUCUUGUAGAACUCUUAACAGGUGAAAAACCAAUUUGCUUUGAAAGACCAGAAGAACAAAGAAAUCUUGCAACCUACUUCACUUCAUUGGUGGAAGACGCUAAUGUCCUUGAACUUAUUGAUGCACAAGUAGCAGAAGAUGGGAACCUAGAGCAAAUCCUUGCAGUGGCAGCAUUGGCACAGAAAUGUCUCAAGUUAAAGAGUAAAGAGAGGCCUAGCAUGCAACAAAUAGCAGCGAAUCUUCAAGGUUUGAGAAGGGUAGAUCCAUCCGGAUGGAAUCAUCGACCAAAUCAUAACACGGUUACGGCAUACUUAACAUCUGAGGCAAUUGAUCUGUAUAGUACACCACUAAGCUCCACUGAUGGUUCUAGCUUGGAGACGAGUAUGACAGUCUCUACGGAUAUUGCAAGAUAA